AUGUCGUCUCAUCAGGUCCCGAAUGACAUCAUCCUCUUCCACUACAACUUUUCUCCUUUCGCAAAGAGAAUUGUCUGGUAUCUGAAGCUACGAGGCAUUCCUUAUGCAGAAUGUAUACAGCCUCUGACCCUUCCACGCCCGGAUCUGGCUGAGUUGGGCAUCAAUUACCGUCGCAUCCCUCUGCUUUCUAUUGGCCGAGAUGUGUACUAUGACACCCGCUUGAUCCUAGCAAGACUAGAGCAAAGCUUCCCAGCAUCGUCAUCAUACCCAGCUUUGUCGACGCCCGAGAACAAAGGACUGGAGGCCUUGCUAGAGAAGUUCACAGUCGAUGCUGGUGUUUUCUCCAAGGCAGCUCAGUCGCUUCCACCGGAUUUGCCGACUAUGAAAGAUGAAAAGUUCGUCAAGGAUCGAUCUGAAUUUACGGGCACUAGCUGGUCACAGGAGGCUCGCAAGAAAGGGUAUCCUGAAGCACUGGCACACAUCAGGCAUACAUUCGACAUACUCGAGGCUUUGCUUGCGGAUGGCAGACAGUGGAUCGGAGGAACAGACAAAGUCAGUCUGGCCGACAUUCACGGUAAGAUCGACAAAAAUGCAAACGCAGUGAUGAAACUAACCAAUGCACUGCAGNCUGCUUGGCCCUUCAUCUGGAUCGGCGACAUGCUGCCCAAGCAGUCAUUUGCCAAAGACCAACACCCAAAGGCUUGGGCAUGGCUAGGCCGCUUCAAGCAGAGAGUCAAGGAAGCGGAGAAAUCAUCGAAGGCGGUACCGUUGGAUGGCGGGGCGGCAAUGCAGCAUGUUGUAUCUGCAUCAUAUCACGAUCAACAAACCGGCGUAGACGACACUGAUCCCGUCAAACUUAAGGAGGGCGACCUUGUCCAAUUGUGGCCCACCGAUAGCGGUUUCCGACACAAAGAUCAGGGUCAUCUGGUAAAGCUUACAAAAGAUGAGGUGGUGCUUGCCAUACAAACCAAAAGUGGAAACAAAGAGAUCAGAGUCCACGCGCCAAGAUGGGGCUUCAGAGUUGUCAAGGCAAAAGCUCAACUUUAG